UGUUGCUGAUAGCUACCGUUAGUCCAGUUGACUGCCCUGGUGAUGUGGAUGAAAUAACGGUGUCUGGAUGUUCACCUUCGGAUGGAAAAUGGCGAGACAAACCCAGUUUUUUUUCACAGCCAAGUUAAGAUUGUAACAGAGCGCGUCGCGUCCUUUCAGGGCGAUUUAUUAGUCAGCUUUGUUUUGACUUUACGGACACAGGAAACAGAAAGCUAACGCCAGGCUAGGGAGGCUAGCUAACGUUAGCAGGCAGUCCUCGCUGUAAUUGACGCUCAGCUAUCGGCACCUGCCAGGUUUUGUCAAAAAAGGGGCAAGUUUUCCCUAUUUUCACAGUAAUGCGCUGAUUAAGUGGGCUCCUGACUUUCGGCUGAAUGUUAGUUCUCGGUCAGUGAACUUUAUGUGGUUUCAAAGGUGAGCGAAAGACCUGAGAUGAUGAGCUAAACUGAUGCUUUGAUUGAAACCAGCGCAGAUCAAACAACUGCAGAGGAGAGAUGAGUCGAUUUUGGCGGCGAGACUUGACCCUGUCAGGGAGUUUAGGGAAUGACUCUCCUGUUGGCAUCGCCCCUGCACCUCCAGCCACAGUGGCCCCACGGGCGUCCAACACCUCCUGGAUACCAGAGACCCCUGUGGUCACACCAGACGAGCCAAUAUUCCUCAUGACCUCCACUGCCCAAACUAUAUCAGGCUUCUUUGUUUGGACAGCACUUCUCAUCACAUGCCACCAGAUCUACAUGCACCUGCGUUACUACAGCUCUCCUAACGAACAGAGACACAUAGUCCGAAUCCUCUUCAUUGUUCCCAUCUAUGCCUUUGACUCCUGGCUCAGCCUCCUUUUCUUCACCAAUGAGGAAUACUACGUGUAUUUUGACACAGUCCGGGACUGCUACGAAGCAUUUGUCAUCUAUAACUUCCUGAGUCUGUGUUAUGAAUAUCUGGGAGGAGAGAGUGCCAUCAUGGCUGAAAUCAGAGGGAAACCCAUUGAAUCCAGCUGUGUCUACGGGACCUGCUGUCUGUGGGGAAAAACAUACUCCAUCGGUUUCCUCAGGUUCUGCAAACAGGCCACUUUGCAGUUCUGUGUGGUGAAACCUCUGAUGGCGGUCAUCACAGUCAUUCUUCAGGCCUUCGGAAAAUACAGAGAUGGAGACUUUAAUGUGGCGAGUGGUUACCUUUAUGUGACCAUCAUCUACAACAUCUCCGUCAGUCUGUCGCUCUACGCUCUCUUCCUCUUCUACUUCGCCACACGUGAGCUGCUCGUCCCGUACAAUCCUGUGCUCAAGUUCUUCAUGGUCAAGUCAGUCAUCUUUCUCUCCUUCUGGCAAGGGAUGCUGCUGGCCAUCCUUGAGAAGUGUGGAGCGAUCCCACAGAUCAGCUCUGCUGACUUCUCAGUGGGCGAGGGAACCGUCGCUGCUGGCUACCAAAACUUCAUCAUCUGCAUUGAGAUGUUCUUUGCUGCUGUCGCUCUGCGUCACGCCUUUACAUACAAAGUCUACAUGGACAAAAGACUGGACUCUUAUGGUCGCUGUGCCCCCAUGAAGAGCAUCUCCAGCAGCCUGAAAGAGACCAUGAAUCCAGGAGACAUGGUCCAGGACGCCAUCCAUAACUUCUCCCCUGCUUAUCAGCAGUACACGCAGCAGUCCACACUGGAGCGAGGAGGAGGACCCCCCCUCUCCCGCAGCCACAGCAACCUCAGCACCCGCGGGGACAACGAGAAGACCCUGCUGCUCAGCUCUGAUGACGAGUUCUGAAAAUCCACGCACUCAGAGGCUCUCUUUAACUCAUGUAGCCUGAGCAACAUUUAUCAGCUCUGAGACAUAAACCAGAUCUUUUAUCACUACUCUAUUAGGAGGAUCUGCUUUCUUUGUUUCUUAUUUUUAUGUCAGACUUCUGAUGAUGUGUGUAGAGAGGGAGUGAGUUUAGUAGAAAAAGAGAAAUAAUUGGUACAGAAGGAAAGGAGAUACAUAGGUGGGGAUUUUAAGACUUUUAAGUUGUCAUUUGUUUUGAUAUGAAAGAGGCCAAAACUGACAGAAAAUCUUUACCUAUACUUAUCUAUUGAAUAUGGGUUAGUUCAAACCUGUGCCUGUAUACAGCAUCUUUAUAAACACAGCAAAAAACACAUAACAUAAAGAAAAAGUGCCAUUUCCAUCUGAAGCAUAUGGCCUCUUUCAUUUUAAAGUUUGCAUAAAUUUUUAGUCCAUGCUCCUCUUCACCUUCUGCCAACUCUGCCUCGUUUCCAAAAGUUGCCAAAUACAGAAGAGUACCUUUUCUUAAAGUAAUGAUACACGCUGUCUUAAGAUUCAGAAAGGAUUUAUAGUCAAAAGGGCCUUUUAAUGAUCAGGCUCAGUUUUAAUAUAUAGAUCACAUUUUUAAAAUGUUGUAUGACCUUGAAGGUGUGACUCAUUUAAAGAGUAGUUUGUUGGAAAAUUGUCAUUCCGGACACGUUAUGGUUAUUCUGUGAUAGUUUAUCGUUUGGUUUAAAGUGACUGAAGGAGAGUGCAAUGGUAUGAAACGAGCUGUUAGCCUGACGCCGCUACUGUUUCAGUGUUUGUCUAGCUCUGACGGGACAGCUGUAGGAGAGAUUUUAGUGUGGCCAGAGAGACCAAUGGAGGGACAACACCCACACAGAUUACAGAUUACUGAAGAAGCAACACUUCCCUGCAGAGCCAGCUGUGAUGUGCUGUGGAGGGUAAUCCCUUAAUUAAAGGCAUUACAUGGAGUGCAGAUCAGGCCUGCCUCUGCUGGCUCUGCUUCGAAUGACAUCAUAGUGAGUUAGUGAUCUUCACAAACAGAUAAGGCUGUGCAGAGGUGUGGCAGUGCUUUAAAUGUGACGAUGGUCACAUAUGGAAAAGAAGAUGUACAGUAUAGCAGCAUUAAACAGCAUGAGGGAGGAUAAUUGAAGGGCUAUGUAUCCUGUUUCUGUGCAUCUUUUCCUGAAGGUUUUAAAAACUUCUGUUUGUUGGUUUUUAUUGUUGAUAAGUUAUCAGGUGAUGUUUUACAAAUGUUAAAGUCGGUGCGGUUAGGAGGUUUCUUUUGGAUCAUGAUAGACGUCUGAUAGUGGAGCACAGCAGUAAUAAAGCUGGGUCAAUCCCUUCGAUCAGGGGUGUCCAAACUAUGGCCUGGGGGCCUAAUGUGGCCUUAGCGUCAGGACAUAAAGCUUGUGCUUGAUUGUGUUGUACUUCUAGUUUCAGCACAAGGCAGUGCUACUAUAAUUCUGUAAACCAACAUUUUGACGAGGGAUUUACUGAUGUUUUUUAAAAAAAAAUUUCGGGUGAUUAUAUUGCAUACAUAAACAAACAUAAACAUACUGGCAACCAAAUGCCCUCAUAGCCUACAGAAGCAAAUAGUAAUGGUGCUCCAGGAGUAAAACCAGUGGCACCCAGGGCCCCUGGAAUCUAAUUGACCUCCCCAAAAUGAUUGUCUUUUGACCUUGUCAGCCAAUAACUAGCCUUAUAAGCAUACACAAUCACUUAGCAUAUCUUAACUACAUCAUAUUAAUUUUAAUAACUUUAAUUUCCUCAGAGCGAGGUGUACAGUAGAGGCCCCACUAUACUUACAUUUUUCUGCAUGUGGUCUUCAGUGGGAAAAAGUUUGGACACCCCUGACUUUGACAGAUGCUGCAUUAUUUUCCUUUAAUGUUGAAUUAUUCUAACCUGAUUUCACAGAUUGACUCAAGCCUUUGACAGCAGGUAAACACAGGCAGGAAUAAGAAACCAAAUUAACAAGAAAAAUGUAUCCAGUGAGCAGGAUGAUUCAAAUGUUCAAAAAUCUCUUUCCCCUUCUAAUGGUGCAUUUCCAUCAAGCAGUCUGGUUCAGUAUGUUUCAGUAUGGUAUGCAAUUAUUUGCAUUCCCAGUAUGAAAAAUGGGCAAGACACCAGAAUAACCAAUCUGUACUGUCCUACUUUUAUAGCAUGCUGCUGUUGGGUUACAAAGCGUACCUAUCAGACCCUAAAGGGUGGAGCUAGACUCACUGCUGGCUUACGAAUCCCCCUACCAGGCAACAGUAUGGUUGGCUGUAGAAGUACAAGAAAGUUCUUGGGGUUAGGUAUGCUGGGUUCAGCUGUGACUCCUUUCCUGCAUGUCCCUCCUCCACUCUUAUCCCUAUUUCUGACUUUAGCCACUGUCCAUAUCUAUUGAAGACAAGGCCCAAAAAGCCCCCAAAAAUAUCUAAAAAAAAAAAAAAAAAAAAAGUACGAGAAAGAUAAGCGCUUUCCGUAUCAAAAUAACCAGACUGCUUGGUGGAAACCAUACACUUUGAGCAUGUCUUAAAAUCCAGGCCGCCGGCCCCUCUCUCUAAUUAAUGACUGUCUUUCUGCUGAUCCUGUAUCGCUUUAGGUAAAACCAAGCUUGACUGAAUUUGUUUUUUAAAAGUGACAUUGAUUUAGUAAAUAAGUGACUUUCACUGCCUUAUACUCUGCCUUGAUGUAACAGCAUAUCAAAGUAAAGCAUCCUGAUAAAACACUUUUAAAUGAUAUUGGUAAUUUUGAUUAUGUGCGAUGUAAAAAUGAGCUUAAUAAUUUAAACCAGGAAAUAUUAUACCAGAAAGUAAAGAAUGUAAAUAGACUUAAACUAAGCACUGAAAACAGUCAUACUAUGACAGUAUAUGGCAUAGCUUGUUUAGUGCUGAAGUCAAAUAUUUUAAUUUUCAAAUAUUCUCAUGUUUUAUUUCUGUUGUAUACUUUUUCAUUUGUGUAUUGGUAAUAAUAUUAUAUGUUUUGAUGCUAUAUUGGUUUCUAUUGGUGUUUAAAAGGAAAUAAAAGAAAAAUCCAACAAA